AUGACAGGCAAUCACACCAGAAAAUCCUCGAGGCUGGUUUUGUCGCACCACACGCAAAGAAACGAGAAAAACCGAGACGCAUUCGGAGCACCUCUGGCAGGGCGGGCGCACGUGGUUCGCCGUGGGACAGUUGCAGUUCGGAACUGCCUCCCUCCCGAAACUUCGUACGCAGUCCUUCAACAACUGCGUCCGGCCCGGCCCGGCCCAGCCCGUCGGGUGGUUUUCACGAGGCCCGCGAACGGCUCCCGAUGCCAUGACUCGGCCGCCCCGGAUGCUCCGGAUCUUCCCAUUCGCUCGUCCCCCUCUGUCUGUCGGCAGGCAGGCAAGCAUCGGCCCGUCGCGCUCGCACGCACAAUCUCCAUUGGACGAUCCGAAGUCCGAUUUCGCGCUUGGAGACAUUUGCAGAGGCCUGUCGAAUCGUCGUGCAGAGCUCGAAUAUUUGGGCUCCUUCUCUGA